AUAAAUUUCUUUUUAUUUUUAUUGUUCCUCUUUUUCUGACUUCGAAAAGAAUCAGGAACUAUUUUUCUUUUUUUCUUAAUUUUUUGAGUUCGAAUUGAAUAUAAAUCGGUAUUUGGUUUUGGGUCAAAAUGUAACAAGAACUCUAGAGUCUUCAGUCUGUCGGCGGCGAGGACUAGGAGAGACAAUUCAACUCACUCUUUUAAUUGGUUGAGUUGUUGUCUUCGUUGAUCCAUUUAAUCAUCAAACUUGUAAAAAAUUUGAAAAUGGCUAUGGCGGGUUUGUACAGGCGGAUUCUUCCUUCUCCUCCAGCAAUCGAAUUCGCUUCCUCCGAAGGGAAGCAACUCUUCAUAGAAGCUGUUCAACAUGGGACUAUGGAAGGUUUUUAUAGGCUAGUCUCUUAUUUUCAAACACAAUCAGAGCCUGAGUUUUGUGGUCUGGCCAGCCUAUCAAUGGUAUUGAAUGCCCUUGCCAUCGAUCCAGGAAGAAAAUGGAAAGGACCUUGGAGAUGGUUUGAUGAAUCUAUGUUGGAUUGUUGUGAACCACUGGAAAAGGUCAAAGCCAGAGGCAUCUCGUUGGGAAAACUUGUAUGUUUGGCUAAUUGUGCUGGAGCGAAAGUCCAAGCUUUUCGAACAAAUCAAAGUACCAUUGAUGAUUUUCGCAAAUACUUACAUAGAUGCUCCACUUUGGAUGAUUGCCAUAUCAUUUCGUCUUAUCAUAGAGUAGCAUUUAAACAGACGGGAACUGGUCAUUUUUCGCCUAUUGGUGGCUAUCAUGUUGGGCAGGACAUGGCACUUAUCUUGGAUGUUGCACGCUUUAAGUAUCCUCCUCAUUGGGUUCCGGUCAAACUUCUUUGGAAAGCUAUGGAGCACAUAGAUGAAGCAACAGGACAGCGUAGAGGGUUCAUGCUUAUAUCCAGGCCGGACAGGGAGCCAGGAUUGCUCUAUACUCUGAGCUGUAAACAUGAGGACUGGGUUAACAUAGCGAAGUACUUGAAGGAUGAUGUUCCUCUUCUCUUGAAGUCGGAGAACCUUAAAGACACACAGGAUGUUUUAACAGUUAUAUUUGCAUCACUGCCCUUAAAUUAUAGUGAUUUUAUCAAGUGGGUUGCUGAGGUCCGAAGGAGAGAAGAUAGUGGUCAAAGUUUAAGCCCAGAGGAGAAAGCAAGACUUGCUCUGAAGGAAGAGGUGUUGAAACAGGUACAGGAGACAGACCUUUUCAAACUCGUAGGGGAAUUUCUUACUCUAGAAGGUUCAUGCCGUAAGAUGCUUACACUGUCUCAUGAAAAAAAUUUGCCUGAGAUUGCUGCGAGUGUAUGUUGCCAAGGAGCAGAAAUACUGAAUGGGAAUACAGGUGUCUCAGCUGGUUACUGUUGUCGUGAAACAUGUGUGAGAUGCUUCAGUGCCAACGGUGACAAGCCUGUUACAGUUGUGUGUGGAAUGGUUGUUAAUGGCAACAAUGAACAGGAGUUUGACAUGUUGGUUCCAUCAUCAUCACAAGUAAGAUCUGGAUGCUGCUUUUCUGGCACGAAAAAUGGAAUCGGGAUUCAUCCAGCCACCAGUGAUGUGUUAACAACACUUCUUCUUGCCUUGCCUGCCCAAACAUGGAUCGGUAUAAAAGAAGAGAAGCUUUUGCGGGAAGUACAAAAACUUGUUUGCACGGAAAGUCUUCCCACCUUGCUUCAAGAAGAGAUAGCUUCUAAUGUUAGAGGAGCUUCUAAUAUCCAUCAAAUUGGUGCAGUUUUUUCUAAAGCUCAACGUGAAGAGAGUUGUUAUAACCUAAGGAAAAUUUGUUAAAGGUUCUACUUUAGUGAUCGAGGCAACUAUUUGUAAAGCUUCAAAUCAUCAGGAUAAUGUAAUGAGAAACCUUAUGCACUCGUGAAUCUUGCUAGAAAUUGAUGGAAGACAGGCAAAUUCAAAGGGAAAUAAGCCUAGUGAGAGAGCAGUAACCAAUGGUCUUCUAGUGCAAAUGCAAUAGAAUUUUACAUAAAGAACUAUAAAGUAUCUUUUAGGAAUGAAAUGUACUAGAUUAAAAAACAAAAAAAAAAAAGAAAAGGAAAUUUUGCUAAUGAGAGGAAAUAUUGACUUAUGAGACAGGGUUUAUGACAGGAAUGACAUUAGAGGAAUAUUAAAGGUACAUUAGUAAUUAGUUAAAUAGUUUGUUAGAGAAGCCUGAUUAUAAAUACAGUGGGUAGGGAAGAAUGGGGUAGGCAAUUUUUUGGUGAUUCAAUUAGAGCUUGAGAGUGCUCUCAAGAUUGAGAAGGUUAAAGUACCUCAAACACUUAGUUUAUUUUGUAUUUUUGUUAUCUUUCAUAGUUCAAUAUAUUUGGGUUCUAUCAGUUUACUUGGUUUUGGAUAGCUGAAACUCUUGCUAAACCAAAUUUGAAGUUGCAAGAUGGAAUAGGUGAAUAGGUCAAAGAUAAGGAGAUAUAUCGAACACUUGCAGGUAGACUCAUUUAUUUGACUCACAAACGACUUGAUAUUGCCUUUGCAAUGAGCAUGAGCAAGCCAGUUCAUGCUUUCUCUUGGCUCAAUUCACUUUGAAGCUAUUUAUAGGAUUCUGAGAUAUUUAAAAAUGAACCCUAGGCAAGAUAUGUUGUUUGGAAAGCAUGGUCAACUGUAGGUUGAAGUUUCUGCUUAUGCCAAUUGGGCAGGUAGUAUCGCACAUAAACUAUCUUGAAGGCAACCUAGUUAUUUGGUGAAACAAAAAACAAAAUUUAGUGGCAAGAAUUAGUGUUGAAGUAGUUUGGUGCUUUAGUCCAUGGUAUUUGUGAGGGUCUAUGGAUAGAAAAGACUUUUUAAAGAAUUGAAGCUCUCAAAAGUACCUAAUACAUAUUUACCGUGAUAACAAGAUUGAGAUGAAUAAAUAUUUCAAAAUAAUAAUAAUAAUAAAUAAAUAAAUAAAUGUGAUGAAAAUAAUAGACGAAGAAGAAGAGAAGAACACAAAAGGUUUACAUGGAAAAUCUUAAAAUCAGGGAGAAAAAAUUACGAUAGAGACUUAUUUUUUAUUAUUGAAGUUGAUACUUAAAAUACAAGGAGAUUGCUCAAAUAAAUAGACAAGAAAAAAUUCUAGGUCAAUGGAAAAAUUACAAAUAUGCCCCUAGUGCAAUACAACUAUUUUCGACACUCUCCCUCAAGUGGGGGCGUAAAUAUCAAUAAGACCCAAAUUGCUGAUACAAUAGUCAAAACUCUGUCUCAACAAUCCUUUUGUGAGGACAUCUGCAACCUACUAAUUUGAAAGAAUGUAGGGAAUGCAUAUGCUUCCAUUGUCUAGUCUCUCCUUGAUGAAAUGUCUAUCGAUCUCAAUAUGUUUAGUUCUAUCAUGUUGAACUGGAUUAUUGGCAAUACUUAUUGCUGCUUUAUUGUCGCAAAACAAUUUCAUUGGAAGUUUGCUGUCUUGAUGAAGAUCUGUCAAUACUUUCUUUAACUAGAUCUCUUCACAUAUUCCUAGACUCAUGGCCGGUACUCGGCUUUAGCACUACUUCUGGCUACAACCCCUGUUGACCAGGUUGCCCCAGACAAAUAUGCAGUACCUAGACGUCAACUUUCUAUUAACAGCAGAACCUGCCCAGUCAGAGUCGAUGUAGGCUUCAAUGCAACGUUUAUUGGACUUACUGAACAUUAAGCCCUUACCAGGAGUUGCCUUCAGAUACCGUAAAAUGCGUUCAACAGCUAUCAUAUGUUCCUCGCAGGGGGCUUGCAUAAACUAAUUGACAACACUCAUUGCAUAUCGGGUCUAGUGUGGGAUAAGUAGAUUAACUUCCCAACUAAUCGCUGAUAUCUCUCUUUGUUGACGGGAACUCCGUUGUCUGUAUUGCUAAGCUUUGCAUUAUACUCCACAGGGGUGUUCACAGGUUUACACCCAGUCAUUCCUGUCUCCUUGAGAAGGUCAAGAGUGUACUUUCGUUGAGAGACUGAAAUACCUUCUUUUGACCGAGCCACUUCCAUCCCAAGGAAAUAACUUUCCCAGGUCUUUAAUUUCAAAUUCCUCGGCCGUUCUUGCUUUAAGUCUCAUAAUUUCAACAUUACAUCACCAGACAACACAAUAUCAUCGAUAUAAACAAUAAGAACCGUGAUCUCCCUUGAACCUGACUUCUUUGUGAAUAACGUGUGGUCUGAGUGCCCUUGAUUAUACCCCUGAGCUUUAACAAAGCUGGUGAAUCUGUCAAACCACGCCCUCGGGGACUAUUUCAAGCCAUAUAACGAAUUCCUUAUUCUGCAAACCCAAUGCUUAAACUGGCUUUCAAAAUCGGGGGAGGGCUCAUGUAGAUUUCCUCUUCAAGUUCUCCAUUAAGAAACACGUUUUUUCCAUUUAAUUGAUGAAGGGGCCAAUCUUUAUUCACUACAACAGACAACAACACCUGGACAGUAUUAAACUUGGCCAUAGGGGAGAAUAUCUCAGAAUAAUCUAUUCCAAAGGUUUGAGUAAAGCUUCUAGCGACCAAUCUAGCCUUGUAUCUAUCAAUCGUGCCAUCAGACUUGCACUUUACGGUAAAGACCCAUCUGCAUCCAAUCGUCUUGUGUCCUUCGGGAAGAACAACCUGAUCCCAAGUCCUGUUUUUCUCUAAAGCCCUCAUUUCUUCCAUCACUGCAGCCUUCCAUUCAGGAGUUCCCAUUGCAACAUGGAUACUACUCGGUACCAUCACUGUAUCUAGAUUGGUAGUAAGAGCCUUGAACUCGGGAGAUAAUUUAUUGUACUAUAUGGAUCUAGGGAUUUGAUUCUUACUGGAUACACGGAUUUUGACUUUCAGACUGAUAAGGACUCUCGCAAGUCCAUUUCAUGGU